AAGAAUACUGACCCGUCUUAAUUUCGUUUUCGGCACUUUCUCACAUUAGCAGAGAAAGUUGACCAUUUCCUCAACCGGAUUUGUGGCUCCGUUUCCGGACCCGUUGGUCGACAAAUUGUGCGAUGCUUGCGAUGUCACAAAUAAAAAUGCCCAACAUUGCCAAAAAACGCAAAACAAGUGUAAUAAAAUUUCACUUAUUGCAAUAAUAAAAUUUCUCCCCAGGCACCAAUCGCAUCGGGUUUUGGCAGCCUCUUCCGCACCAAACUGUACCAUGUGGGUCACGCAAGGGAUUCUAUAAAAGUUACCGCACGAUCGUGGGUAUGUUUCAGUACCGUACAUUCCGUCCUUCGCUGGUUCAAACAAGGAAAUCGAUAAAAAUGCAUCCCACGUACCAGGUGCGAGCGCUCUGCACAGUGGCGGUGAUCCUGUGCGGCUUCUGGACGCGACCAACGACGGCAAACUUCGUGCAAACCAACACCAACCCGGCGGUGAAGGAGUUUGGUGUGGCAGCUACUGCACUGGUACUGUGCUAUGAGAAGACGGUCUAUGCGCAUAGCCGAAGCCCAAUCUCGCUGGCUCACAUUACGGAUAAAAACAUUAACUACAUAAAGGUGGAAACACUUAAGCCGGGCUAUUAUGGAGGUGUGGAUGCAGAAAUUACGGGUGGUGCCAUCAAAAAGCCCAAUGUCGUCAUCACACUCACUGAGGGUGGAAGAAAAGCGCUCUUUAAGAGUAAUGUGUUGGUGCAAAUGUAUUGUGAAGCUUAAAUGAUUAUUGUUUAAAAUAAAUUUUCUGCAUCCAAUUAUGAAAUAGUCACUAUUAAAGAAUAUUAAAAGAUGAUAGGUUAAUGAAAGAUACAUAAGAGAUAUGAGAGAAAGGCGUA